AUGUAUCCCCAAAUCCCCCAACACGGCGCGCCGAUGGCGCCGCCCCAGAAGCCAGAGACGUUCAUGCUAUCGAAUGAAGCGCAGCAGAGCCUGCCUCACGAUGCGCAAGUCCAGCUCCAGCAAGUUGAUAAUUUGAAAUACUUCCUUCUUUCGGCGCCAGUGGACUGGCAGCCCGACCAACUUAUCCGGAGAUUCCUUCUCCCAACUGGUGAUUAUAUCUCAUGUGUUCUCUGGAGCAACCUUUUCCACAUUUCGGGAACCGAUAUCGUCCGUUGUCUCGCAUUCCGAUUUCAAGCCUUUGGACGACCGGUCAAAAACUCAAAGAAAUUCGAGGAAGGUAUCUUUUCCGACUUGCGAAACUUGAAGGCUGGGACCGAUGCUACGCUGGAAGAACCGAAGAGCCCGUUCCUCGAUUUCCUCUACAAGAACAACUGCAUCCGAACACAGAAAAAACAGAAGGUCUUUUAUUGGUAUAGCGUGCCUCAUGACAGGCUGUUUCUCGAUGCGCUGGAGCGCGACUUGAAACGGGAGAAGAUGGGACAGGAAGCUACCACUGUCGCAGUCAGCGAGCCGGCUUUGUCUUUUGAGUUUGAUUCAUCCCAGUCGCUGUAUGAGCAACUCACAAAGGCACAACAAGCGAAUUCUUCAUCGUUUGCUGCACACGCAAGUACGACAUAUGGCCAAUCUGCAUCCCCAGUCGUUCGGACCGUUGACGCAAUGCCUCCUCCCCAGAUGGCUCCCCAGAUGGCUCCUCCGUCGCUCCCCCUUCUCGCGGACGAAUCGGGCAAUCCCCAGAUGUACACGUCAAUUCCGAUGCCCAAUACACUGGCUCAGAACAUUAUUAAACGCGAGGCGGAUUACGGUGCUAUCCAAUACGACCGCAACGGGAUGCCCAUGGCUCGCGUCCAUCAGCGCCACUCUUCAAUGCCGACCUUCGUCGAGUAUUCGCCAGCACCUUCUUUUGUGUCGUCGCAAUAUGAAGAUUAUAGUAACCGUGGUUUAUCCUUUGAGCCCGUUACGCCUCCCCAGCACACCUCUCACAUGGGCACAGAGCCUGCUUAUAUUGCCAAUGAAGACACGGGCUUGUACACUGCGAUUCCAGAGAUGUCUACUGCAUCUGGCUUCAACCCGAUGGUUCACCUUCCGCCGUCCAACCUGGCAAGCGCGCAUUUUCCCACACCGGCUAGAAAUUUCCACUCCAAUGUAUACUCGGUUUUAGAGGGAUCACCAACUUAUAAGCAACGUCGCCGUCGGUCUUCCAUACCGCCAGGCGCCGCUAACCCUAUUGCGUCCGCUACUCAGUCUCCUGCGCCUCCGGGGCAGUCGAUGUCGUACGCCGCGCACAAGCCUAGUGACCUGCGACGCUCUGUUUCCAGCUCGGUUGCGCCGGGUGAGAUUGACGAUUCGCGACAUGACUCGCUACAUCGUUCCAUGAAUGGCGGGUAUCAUUCGGCUGCUCUUCCCCAGAAGAACCUGCUGCAGGAAAUGUCGCGCAAUGGCACACCUCUCUCGAACGUGGAUGAAACUCGCGAGCAAAGCUCCAUGCGCGUCAGGCAGACACCGGAUGACCUGGGAGCUCUUCCUACCAAUGGAACCAUGGAAUCCGCUGUUCACAACAGUAUCGGUCAGAAGAGCGACCGUUAUGGGACAGGCCCCGUGCGUCGCGCCCGCAGUGCUACUAUGAUGGAACUUGGUCCUUACCCACAGAAGUCGCAUUCGUGCCCGAUUCCUUCGUGCGGCCGACUCUUCAAGAGAUUGGAGCAUUUGAAACGACACGUGAGGACUCAUACCCAGGAGCGACCAUACCCUUGCCCCUAUUGCAACAAGGCCUUCUCUAGGUCCGACAAUUUGGCGCAACACCGCCGCAUUCAUGAGGCUCAACAAGAUGGCCAUCAACCAUUGCUCAACGAUGAUGAUUUGGAGAACGAGGAUAACGAAUCUAUCUCGAACGAUGAGGAAGACUCGCCAUCUGAGUCCAUUCAUCACCAUGUCAAUGGUGUUCCCGUUGUGACGUCGAUGCCAUCUUCUAUCGCUUUACAAUCCUCAAUGGGUAGUAUGAUGGCACCCCACAUGAUUGCGCCCCAACUCCUGCAACAACACAUUUAA